AUGCAGGAGCACGGGCAGGAGCACAGUCAGGAGCACGGGCGGGAGCACGGUCGGGAGCACGGUCGGGAGCACGGGCGGGAGCACGGGCGGGAGCACGGGCGGGAGCACGGGCAGGAGCACAGUCGGGAGCACGGGCGGGAGCACGGUCGGGAGCACAGCCGGGGGCACAGGCAGGAGCACAGGCAGGAGCACAGGCAGAAGCACAGCCAGGAGCACAGCCAGGAGCACAGUCAGGAGCACGGGCAGGAACACGGUCAGGAGCACGGCCAGGAGCACGGCCAGGAGCACGGCCAGGAGCACGGCCAGGAACACGGCCAGGAGCACGGUCAGGAGCACGGCCAGGAGCACGGCCAGGAGCAUGGCCAGGAGCACGGCCAGGAGCACGGCCAGAUGUAA